GCACCAUGUCAGUGUGACAACUGAUCGGGUGAACGAUGCAGCUCUAACCACCAUGGAAACAAGGAGAAAUAAGGAGAGCUAGCAGGCAUUUUUCUCUUCACUGGAUUGUGAACCUCAGUCAGCCAGCAACAGAGCUCUGACAAACGUAAGGGAUCUCAGCUGGCAGCACAGAGAUUCUCUCAGUCUGUAGGAUAUCUAUAGAUAAAUGUAUCAUAUACUAUAUAUACGUGCAACUCUUCAGACCCUGGCAUUAACAAAAAUAUGUGGUUACUUGCACUAAGGAAUCCAAAUAUACAGAUGCAGAAGUCCUCCAGCACUGAAACUACUCUUCCAGGAUCAUCCUGUCAUUCCUGUGAACAAUAAUCAAUCAUGGGAUCUGAAGUUAAUACUAGUAAAUAAAUGAAUUGCUUGAUCAUCUAUGACCAUCUAUACAUGCUUCAUCAUCACAAAUCUUAUCAGUUUUAUGGCAUCAAGGAGACAGUGACCUUCAUUUCCACAACAUGCCUGUUAUCAUUGGACAAGGUUGUUACGAAGUUAUCACUUAUUUUCAGGAAGAAAAUCUUUGUGCUUCUUUGGCAUUCAUCAUUUGACAAAUGCAAGUAUUUGUUUUAUCAAGUGACCAGCUCUUACUGAAGUUGAAAACAGCAUCUGUGGUAUCCUUAAGGGCCUAUUACUUUUCUUAAGACUUGAGCUAAAAUGAAGGACAUGCCACUCAAAAUUCAUUUUCUACUUGGCCUAGCUAUCACUGCAUUUGUACAAGCUGUAGAUAAAAAGGUAGACUGCCCUCAGUCAUGUACCUGUGAGAUCAGACCUUGGUUUACCCCAAGAUCCACAUAUAUGGAAGCUCCAACAGUGGACUGUAAUGAUUUAGGCCUUGUUAAUUUCCCAACAAGACUGCCUGCUGACACACAGGUUCUACUGCUACAGACAAACAACAUUGCAAAAAUUGAACACUCAGUAGACUUCCCAGUGAACCUUACUGGUCUUGAUUUAUCUCAAAACAAUUUAUCCUCAGUGAUCAGUGUUAACCUUCGAAAGAUGCCACAGCUUCUUUCCGUGUACCUGGAGGAAAACAAACUUACUGAGCUGCCUGAAGAAUGUCUGUCUGGACUGAACAAUUUACAAGAACUCUACAUUAAUCACAACUUGCUUUCCACAAUUGCAUCAGGAGCUUUUAUAGGCCUUGAUAAUCUUCUUAGACUUCAUCUCAAUUCAAAUAGCCUACAGAUGAUCAACAGUAAGUGGUUUGAAGCUAUGCCUAACCUGGAGAUUCUCAUGAUUGGAGAAAAUCCGAUCAUCAAAAUCGAGGAAAUGAACUUUAAGCCUCUUAUCAAUCUGCGCAGCCUGGUUUUAGCAGGCAUAAAUCUCACUCAAAUACCUGAUAAUGCUUUGGUUGGCCUUGACAAUUUAGAAAGCAUCUCAUUUUAUGACAAUAGAUUUGUUAAAGUGCCCCAUGUUGCUCUUCAAAAAGUUACAAAUCUCAAAUUUUUGGAUCUAAAUAAGAAUCCUAUUAACAGAAUACGAAGAGGAGAUUUUAGCAAUAUGCUGCACCUGAAAGAAUUGGGAAUUAAUAACAUGCCUGAACUAAUUUCUAUAGAUAGUCUUGCUGUUGACAAUUUGCCAGAUUUAAGAAAAAUAGAAGCUACCAAUAACCCCAGAUUAUCAUACAUCCAUCCAAACGCUUUCUAUAAACUUCCCAAGCUAGAAUCACUCAUGCUCAAUAGUAAUGCACUUAGUGCCCUGUACCGUAAUACAAUAGACUCUUUACCUAACCUCAAGGAAAUCAGUAUACACAGCAAUCCAAUCAGAUGUGAUUGUGUCAUCCGCUGGAUUAACAUGAAUAAAACCAACAUUCGAUUCAUGGAGCCAGAUUCAUUAUUUUGUGUGGAUCCUCCAGAAUUUCAAGGCCAGAAUGUGAGGCAGGUACACUUUAGGGAAAUGAUGGAAAUCUGCCUCCCAAUGAUAGCGCCUGAAAGUUUUCCCUCAACUCUGGAUUUAGAAACUGGCAGCUAUGUUUCCUUACACUGCAGAGCAACAGCAGAACCAGAACCUGAAAUAUACUGGAUAACACCAUCAGGUCACAAACUUUUGCCUAAUACAGUUAUUGAUAAAUACUAUGUCCAUUCUGAAGGAACAUUAGACAUAAGUAAUGUUACACAAAAAGAAAGUGGACUAUAUACAUGCAUAGCAACUAACCUAGUUGGAGCAGAUUUAAAAUCAGUUAUGAUUAAAGUGGAUGGUUCCUUCCCCCAGGACAGCAAUAGAUCUUUGAAUAUUAAAAUAAAAGAAGUGCAAUCUAAUUCUAUUUUGGUGUCUUGGAAAGCAAGUUCUAAAAUUCUGAAAUCCAGCAUUAGAUGGACUGCAUUUCAGAAGACCAAGAACUCUCAGGCUGCACAGAGUGUUCGAAUUCCAUCUGAUAUAAAGGUAUAUAAUCUUACUCAUCUAAAUCCAUCAACUGAAUAUGAAAUUUGUAUAGACAUUCCCACCAUCUACCAGCAGAAUAAAAAACAAUGUGUCAAUGUCACCACAAAAGGAUUGGACCUUGCAGUGAAAAAUUAUGAAAAGACCAACAUAAUAGAAUUCCUUGCCUGCCUUGGAGUUCUCUUGGGAGUCAUCUGUGUGGUAUAUCUCUACAGUUGCAUCUCACAAGAAAUUAACUGCGGUGCAGGACACAGCUAUUUAAGGAAUUACCUGAAGAAACAAUCCUUUUCACUCAAUGAGCUUUAUCCUCCUCUAAUCAGUCUUUGGGACACUGGCAAAGAGAAAAGCACAUCACUGGAAGUAAAAGCAACCGUGAUAGGAGUACCAAUGAAUAUGUCAUGAAACACCAGUGUAAACACCAAUGUUGGAAAAGUACAAGACUGCAGUUGUGCUAAAUAAAAAGGCAAAAAAAAGUAUUAAUCUUUAGAACUCAGAAGUCUGGGCAUUGCUGCUGGUGUUGACAAAUGGGAAUAUGUACUGAUUCAGCAUAAAAAGAAUUUUUAACUAACUGACUUCUAAGGGUAUUGUGCCAACCAAAUACAAUUACUCCAUUUUUUAGAACUUCUAUGUGACUUUUCAGUCUGGAAUACAGUGCAAGUAGCCAAGAACAUUUUCUGUUUUUUUUUUAAUUAAGUAAUAGUAGAACUGAGCAAUACCUCCUCCUGUGCUGUAUUACACACACUAGCAGCGUGUUUUUGCAAUGACCAGAUAAACUAGAAUUGACACGUGGUGUAAUGAAAUGGACAAAUUCUGUAGAGUAGACACAGUAUGUGAAACAUUUUUUAUGAGGAAAAAUACAUUUUUGAUUAAAAUCAAAAGAGUUUUUGGCUUGUUUCUUAAAAAAAGAGAAUCCGUCUGUGGGCUCCUCUUUGACAAUAAACAAAUUCAUUUUAAUGUCUUAUAAAAUCUCUCUAUAAAUCUCUUUAUAUAUUUUCCAGCUGAAAUGCAGCUUUGACUGCAUAGGAAAUUUUUGCUGUUUUUUAGGCUGUAUAACUGAAAUAAAUAACACAAUAAAUACUAAUAUAAAGUAGUUAUCCAUAUGGUUAAGAAGUAAUAACUAUAUGUAUUUACCUGUUGGUCAUUAAAACACACACAGACACACAGACACCCCUCUUUAUCCUCAAGGAGAAAAAAACAGGGACCUACUGCUAUCAGCGAAUGAGAUUUAUUUUUUUACUUGGUGUCUGAAGAUUGGAUUUAAUUAUUAGACACAAAUAAUGUAAAUCCAAUACUUUGGCUGCAAUAAAAAGGCCAAUUUAAUGAUUAAUAGUGUCUAAAGUUUAUGUUGCUUGGUACACAGACACACAAUUUUUAACAGAACUUAGCAAUCUUGUUGACAUUAAGGAUCUCUCUGCGGGAUCAGAAUUCUGUUCUGAUACAACAGCAACCAUCACCAAUAAAGGGUUUAUUAAUCUCUCCAUCUUUGAAGAUGUGACAUGCAAAUAACUGAAUGACAUACACUGAAAUAAAAUGAAUGCUUGAUCCCACUCACAAUGACUUUAAUUGCAAAAUUCCCCUUGUAUUCAUUAAGAGUAAGGCUGGGCCUUAAAACAGCAAAUGGACACUGUUGCUGACUUAAAUUUACAUCCGAAUUCUGUUGGAGUAAAUCUGACUAUUCCUGGAUUCAGUGGAAAAAGUAGUCCAAAACUGAAGUAUGACAUGCUAAAGGAAUGUUGGCCUCCAGGUGGUAGAAGACAGAUGAAGAAGCAAUCAGCAAAAUUGCUACCUUAUUCCAGUUAGUGGUUGUGUAUACAAAUGCAGAGAAGUAAGAAGGAAAAAUGGAGUUUCCAUUUAGGGAAUGAAAAGAGUACAUUUAGAGAAUUAAAAAUUAUUAAAACAACAUGUAAGUAUCUUGCAUAUGAAACAAAAAAUAGGACAAAAAGCAUUUUGGUUUUUACUAUGCUUUAAUAUUUUUAAAGUAUUGUAAUCAAAUACUUUAACAGAUUUUAUCUUUCUGAACUCAUUUCUGAACUCAAACAUUUCUCUGGAAUUGUUGGCAGCAUUUGUGUAGGUCAGAACCCUAACUUUGAAAUUCUCCAGUGCUUUCACGUUCAUUUUUGUGUGUGUCCACUUGCAAACAGAUAUUUAACAUUUCCACUUCAUGGCCUGCUGCAUAAUGCCAUUGGCCUGUAAGCAUUCCUAAUACAGAAAAUCAUCUCAUUUGAUAUAUUACUAAUGAAUAACUUGCUUUCAAGUUAAAAUUGACACUUUCUGAUUAAAUCCUAGUUGUUUCUGACCAUGUGCAGGUUAUUUUCAGAAAGAUGUUUAAAACUAGAAAGGAGAACAUGCCAGUACUAAUUUUAAAAGAUCCCAGAUUUGGAUCUUUAUAAAUUCAAUCUGUUUUGCUGAACACAAAUUUUACAAACGUGAUGAAUCACUAUCACACACAGUCUGGCAUCAGAAUUUAUCAGCUAGACAUGCUCAUAUAUCAUAAGAGAUUUCAGAACCUUGGACAGAGCUUUUAGAGCCAAGCUAUUUAUCAAAAACACAGGAGCUGAAAUAUGACCUAUUACAAUGCAAGUACUGUAUAGGUCAGCAAGAGCUUGCUCAUGUAUCUUGUAUGUUAAUCUUUGGAAUCUAGCUACAUUUAGAACCUGUUACUGAUAUAGCUCAGAGGUGAGAAUCUCAUUUGUUUCAAGCAACAGUAAGUCAGCACAAUGGUAUGAAAUAGCACACUAAAUGAACACUAAAUGGUAAUGGAAAUGAAAAAAAAUUUUUUUGUUUCAGCUGAAUAAAUACAGCUGUUCAUACCAAGUCAUCAUGCUAUUUAUUUAAAAAUCUAGUCUUGACUUUCUAUUAGUGAAGAAAAUGUUUGUUUGGCUAGCUAGGAGGGCAUUCAUUCUCUCCUAUAUCCCUGAUAUCUGACAUAUAUAUAAUACAUAAAUGUUGGUCAAAAGCACAUCAAUCAUUUUAUAUGAAAAUAUACUUAAACAUUUAAAUUAGAGAUUGAUAACUCUGUUGCUUGCUGUUCAGAUGGAAAAUAUUCCAUGUCUCUUGUGAGGAGAAAUUCAUUACAAUAAAGUGGCUCUGCCAGUCACCUCCGAGGUGACUCUAAGCAAGUCACUUCACCACUCCACAUCUCAUUUUCCCCAGUUCUAAUGAACUUUACCUUCCACUGAAAAGCACUUUGAUGUCUACCAACAAAAAGUGUUACGUGAUAGUUAAGUGUUAUUUUUAAAUAGGGCAAGGCACUCCUAUCCUUAAAUAAGCAUAUAUCCAUUCACCUGAAUGUAAGUAUUACCUGCAUAAAGACUAUGAGAUUUGUCCAUUAGAUCUGUGAUUCUAAAGUUGGGAUCUAUGGACCACAAGAGACCUGAGGAAUUCUUUGUGGUGGUCUGUAGAAUUAAAUGUUUUGAGAACCAAGUAACAGGAAGGAGGGGUUGGGAGCAGGGAUGUCCCAUGAAAGAUCUCUCUCUUGUGAUUUGAUCUGCAGAAUGAAAAGUUUAAAGAACCCCAGCUUUUGAGUGUAACUUUUAGGGUUUACUAGUAGGAAACAAAUGAGACUGGUUGAUUUAGACACUAAGGAUAAUAACUAUAUUCCUUUACACAGGUAUCAUACAUUUCAAUGUCAUUAUAGUUUUGUAGGAUUCCAUCAGAGUGCAAAUUUGCUUUAGUCUGAGAUUUUCCUGAAACUGACAGGAAAGUGAGUAAGUAGAGUCACAUUUCUUUGAUGAAAUUCUGUUUACCAUAGACAUUAAAUGGGAAAAUCUUUUGCAGAUGGAAUCAUUUAAAAACUUUUAUCUGAUCUUAAUGUUUGUAUUUACUCACUGGAAGUUUGUUUCAGGUUUUUAUUGCAGAGGCUACAUUUUUUCUCAGAUCAUAUUUCUUUGAUUAGUUCUGUGUUAAGAUGGUGACAGAGAUAUAUGCAUUAACUACUCAAGAGCAAUGAAACAAAAAAAGGCUGGGCUCAGAAUGAAAAUGUUACAACCCCAUAACUAAGGAUGUGCAAA